AAUCACUGUAGCGGUGGUUUAUCGGCUGUCGCUGCGAAGCUGAGUUCAACCCUGACCGGUCAAUCGUCAGGAUGAACCGAGCCAGAACAUGGCGGAUAUUGAGGAGUUACGGGUAGGCUACAGUGUUGUGAUAGCUGACAGUGGCUGUGUGCUUCUCUGAGCUCAGGGGAAGCUCGCUCUGCCCGCAGUGCUCUGCGGGCCACGGCUCGGCCUGCGGGUGGGAGUCAGAGAGCGGCGGGGUGGCUCAGAGCUGUAGGCCCGAGAGCUGCUGCUAGAGUCCCGCUAGAGAGAGAGAGAGAGAGAGAGAGAGAGAGAGAGAGCGAGCGAGCUGCUGCUGCUGCUGCUGCUGCGUUAGCAUAUCAAGAUGCAAUUCGCGCACAUUUGUAAAGGAUUUUUAAAGAAAAAAGGAUUAACAAGUAAGAACGAUCAAGCAUGGACCGUAUGUUGAAGGAAUAUGGUAUCAAGUUUCCGUGUCUCAGAGCUGCAGGUACUGCUAGGUUUUGCUGGAAGGAACAAGAGUGGUCGCAAGCAUGAACUUCUGCUGAGGGCUUUGCAUUUGAUAAAGAGUGACAGUAAUCCUGCUGUGCAAAUUAAAAUCAAGGAACUGUAUCGCCGGAGAUAUCCUCGAACAUUUGACAGUCUUUCGGAGUUAUCAAACAUUAAGGCCUACUUUCAGACAGGGGACAGAUCAACGGUUGUAAGUCCGGAACUUUCUCUUGGUGCUAGUCACUCAGACGUGGUGCAUCAGCAGUUGGCCACCCGCAAAUCACCAGCAUUUCAGGACUCAAAGCCCAGGAUGAACAUGCAGCAGCCAAACCCACUUAUGCCCCCUGUCCACCCGGACGUCCAGAUGAAGUCCCUCCCAUUUUAUGAUGUGUUGGAUGUAUUGAUCAAGCCAUCGAGUUUAGGACCCAGUACUGUUCAGAGGUUUCAUCAGGAAAAGUACUUCAUCUUUGCCUUGACUCCACAGCAAGUGAGAGAAGUUUGUAUUUCACGGGAUUUCCUUCCUGGUGGGAGAAGAGACUAUAUGGUUCAAAUACAGUUACGGUUCUGCCUUUCAGAGACCAGUUGCCCUCAAGAGGACAACUAUCCCAACAGUCUUUGCAUCAAAGUCAAUGGGAAGCUCUUUCCUUUACCAGGCUAUGCACCACCUCCUAAGAACGGUGUUGAACAAAAGAGGCCUGGAAGGCCUUUGAACAUCACGUCUCUCGUCAGAUUGUCCUCUGCAGUACCCAAUCAGAUAUCAGUCACGUGGGCACCUGAAAUAGGAAAGACAUAUUCCAUGUCCGUUUACUUGGUACGGCAGCUGACGUCACCGUUGCUACUGCAAAGAUUACGAAUGAAAGGGAUCAGAAACCCUGACCACUCAAGAGCACUAAUAAAAGAAAAGCUCACAGCAGACCCAGACAGUGAAAUAGCUACAACCAGUUUGCGAGUGUCCCUCAUGUGCCCACUCGGAAAGAUGCGCCUCACAGUUCCCUGUCGAGCGGUUACCUGCUCUCACCUUCAGUGUUUCGAUGCAGCUCUGUACCUGCAGAUGAAUGAAAAGAAACCCACCUGGAUCUGCCCUGUGUGUGACAAGAAAGCCACAUAUGAGAGUCUGAUCAUUGAUGGGCUCUUCAUGGAAAUAUUGAACGACUGCACAGAUGUGGACGAAAUCAAGUUCCAGGAAGACGGGACCUGGUGUCCAAUGAGACCAAAGAAGGAGGCGCUAAAAGUUUCAUCUCCAAUUAUACCCAAAAUUGAGUGUGCUGCCCCUGUCCGGCAGAGUGCAGUGGUUCCCUAUUCAGAACCCAGCAGCACAAAGAAGGCUGACGUGAUUGAUCUGACCCUCGAAAGCUCUUCAGAUGAUGAUUCAGAACCAGACCCUCCCUUGAAAAAGCGAUGUCUCUAUAUGUCCAAACAAGAGGAAAUCCAUAGCAAAGGGGUUUUGACCUAUCAGCCAUCAACAGUUCGGGUGCCAAAUGUCCAGGCACUGGACACAUCAUACCUAACAUCCUCCAUAGCAGACUAUGCAGUUCCAUUCCACCAUUCAACAUUGUCAACUAUUCCCACCGAUAUGCAAAGUCUUGAUUUAUUUUCUUUACUUCAAGCAGACCCCCAGCAGCAUUACCGGAGCCCAGUGUUCCUGGACAGCCUCCCCAGCAGCCUCCAGAGUGCCACUACCAGUGCUGGCCUUGUGUCCUCAUCAGUCCCGUACGAGACAGCCGCACAUGGAGGGAGCUCCAGUCACGAAACGGGAGUCAUUACCGGAGGAUCCUCCAGUCUGUCAGAUAUUAUCUCUCUGGACUGAUGGAGUCACGGUUUCGGUCUACGCAGGCCAGCACGACACAAUCACCAAGCAAACUGCCAUGGGCCACGGGUUUAAAGACUUAUGCCAGACUUUAAUCAUGGUUAAGCAUCAUACUUACAAUUAUGGUAUAUAAAUGGUAGGUAUUGCUGUAGAUUACUGCAACAAUGGGAAGCGGCAUGUUUUGCGUUGCUUAUAGAUGUCGGUAGCACCAGAUGGUUUUGGGAAUUCCAGAAAUCCAGCCCUGACUUGUGCUCUCUUACUGUCCUUUCUCCUUCUGAAGUUUUUUUUUUAUUAUUUUAUUAUUAUACACUUUUUAACGUUGUAACAGUGACUCAUACCCAUUGCCUUUUUGAUUGAACGGACUGAACAAGCAAAUCAGUCAAUGAAAUGUUGGACUGGUUGGACUGGGAACACUGGACACAUGUUGAGUUCACGGAGUCAUGUUGUGUUGGAAACGGUGCAGCAGUGUUUUUUGUUGGAAACUUGUGAAAUUACUCUGGGCAGCUCGGAAUUUUAAUGUAGUACUAACCAAUUUAUGCAGUGCAAUUUACCUUCAUCUCAAAGGUCCUAAUUUAGCGUUAAGCAAUAAAACAAGCUUGAUGUGUGUUCAAUUGCACAAUAUGUUAAAUGGUAAAUUUAUAGACUGUAAUCUGGUUUCUUUCUGCUAAAAGUUCAGAUUACAUCAGCAGGUUAUGUUGUUUGUUAUUUUUUUGCCACUUGUGUGUUUUUUUUUUGUAUCAUUAAGUUUAAUUUGAUUUUCGGCUGUGUGCUUUUUAUUAAGGGCCCCUCAGAUGAUUAGCUUCUGUUUUGUUAAUUAACAAUCUUUGUUUGUCGACCUGCGUUAUACUGUAUUUGUAUGUGGGAACUUUGUCCUCUUUUUACUAUUUAAACUGUGCUUUUGAAUAUCCACCUCAAAAACUCUUACUCAAAUUAUGUUUAUAAUUAAAAAAACACGAUUGUCAAUAA